AUGACUCAAGAGGACAAGAAACAGAAAGUUUCAACCAACCCAGAAGAAAAGGGAUAUCUAGACCUUUGUGAACGUAUCAUAAAUGAAGGUGAACAUCGUCCAGAUAGAACAGGUACAGGUACUUUAAGUUUAUUUGCACCACCACAACUUAGAUUUAGUUUGAAAGAUGAUACUUUCCCAUUAUUAACAACGAAAAAAGUUUUCACUAAAGGUAUUAUUUUGGAACUAUUAUGGUUUAUUCAAGGUUGUACAGAUGGUAAAAAAUUGAGUGAAAAAGGUGUCAAAAUUUGGGAAGGUAAUGGUAGUCGUGAAUUUCUUGAUAAAUUAGGAUUAACUGAUAGACGUGAAGGUGAUUUAGGUCCAGUUUAUGGAUUCCAAUGGAGACAUUUUGGUGCUGAAUAUAAAGACUGUGAUGCUGAUUACACUGGACAAGGUGUUGAUCAAUUAGCUGAAGUUAUUCACAAGUUGAAAACUAAUCCUUAUGAUCGUCGUAUAAUCAUGUCUGCAUGGAAUCCACCUGAUUUCCCUAAAAUGGCAUUACCACCUUGUCAUGUGUUUUCACAAUUUUAUGUUAAUUUCCCUAAAGAAGGUAAACCACAAUUAUCAUGUUUAUUAUAUCAAAGAAGUUGUGAUAUGGGUCUUGGUGUCCCUUUCAACAUUGCUUCUUAUGCUUUAUUGACUAAAAUGAUUGCAAAAGUUGUUGAUAUGGAUUGUGGUGAAUUCAUACAUACUUUAGGUGAUGCACAUGUUUAUAAAGAUCAUAUUGAUGCAUUAAAAGAACAAAUUACUAGAGAACCUUAUCAAUUUCCUAAAUUAGUCAUCAAGAGAGAUGUUAAAGAUAUUGAUGAUUUUACUUAUGAAGACUUUGAAAUAGUUGACUAUAAAUCACACCCAAAAAUUGCAAUGAAAAUGAGUGUUUGA